AUGGCGGCCCCAACAAGUUUUGUGCGAGAAAAGCACAUAGAUUUUAUUCAAAAACUUGAUACUAAGAGAGAGGAUGUUGAGUACUGGUACAGCGGUCAUUUGCGGAUGAGCGGCCUUUAUUGGGGUCUUAACGCAUUGGACAUUAUGGGCGAAAAAGAUAAGUUACCUCGAGAAGAGGUGAUUGAUUUUGUCCUUUCAUGUCAGCAUUCUUCUGGAGGUUUUGGAGCCAAUGUCGAGUAUGACCCCCAUAUAUUAUAUACCCUGAGCGCUGUUCAGAUUUUGUUCAUGGAAGAUGCCCUCAACCGGAUCGACAUAGAUAAAGUUGCAGAUUAUGUUGCGUCGAUGCAACUGCCGGACGGUUCAUUUCAGGGAGAUCAAUGGGGCGAGGUAGACACUCGGUUUGUAUACUCGGCUAUUCAAGCUCUCAGAAUUUUAGGCAGAUUGGAGAAAAUUAAUGUUGAUAAGACAGUCGAAUGGAUACAAAAAUGCUAUAACUUUGACGGCGGGUACGGAUUAGUUCCUGGUGCCGAAAGUCAUGCUGCACAGAUUUGGACCUCCAUAGGAACUCUUUCUAUUCUAGGCCGUUUGGAUUUGGUAGAUGUCGACAAUGUAGCCUGGUGGCUUGCUGAGCGUCAGGUGCCAAACGGUGGUUUAAACGGACGCCCUGACAAGCUCCCGGACGUGUGCUAUUCUUGGUGGGCUCUUUCAUCGCUUGCGAUUCUGGAAAAGACCAACUGGGUGGAUGCGGAAAAGCUGCGAAGCUUUAUUUUGGCUGCUCAAGAUCCUGAUGGUGGCGGCAUUGCAGACCGCGAAGGAGAUGAGGUGGAUGUGUUCCAUACACUUUUCGGAAUCUGUGGACUGAGUUUGUUGGGAUAUGAAAAUUUAGAUGAAGUUGACCCGUCAUAUUGUUUGACAAAGCGAGUUUUGGAAAAAUUACCUCCACCUACAUCGAAAUAG